AUGGAGAGUCGUAGUCGCAAAUGGUAUCGGAUCACCUACCAGCGACGGCGGAAAGAACCCCGGCAACUGAGGCACCGGAAGACCCGUACCCCCACCCCCACCGGCAUUUGCGGCGGCGUCAGAAACAAGUCCGGCACAAGCGGUGGCAGGAAGGCAAUUCCAGGCAGCGGCGGAGUGUCUGUUCCCGUGGUCGGCGGCGUCAGCCAUAGGAAGAGCGGCGGCGGCGGUGCGGGAGGCGAGGGAGAUGAAACCAGCGGCGGUGGUGGCUAUGCCGGGUCCUCCGCGGGUGCUGGCGGAGGGGAUGGAGUUGGCGGCGGCGGGUGGGGGGAGGAAGGAGCGACCGGAGGAGGGAAGGGUAUUGAGGGAGAGGGUGUUGCGGGUGGCGGGUUUACUACUGGUGGAGAGGAUGAGACCGACGACGGCGAGGGGAUUAGAGGCGAUCGCGGCGGAGAGCAGCGGGGGAGAAAGGGAUUGUUGGCGGAAAGGCCAUUGGCCGCGGUUUCCGAAUAG